GGUGCUGUAUUGGGAUAUGUAGUAACAUUCGUUGUGAGAAAUUCCAAUUGAGUGAAGGUGGAUGAUCCCCUUGCCGCCUGCUGCGCCGAACACACGUUGCUUGCACGCCUGCACUCUGUGCCAGCAUCAUGACCUUGCACCACUGCUACUCUGCCUCUGCACGCUACAGCAGCUUCAGACAAAUUAGCAUUAUUAUUGAUUGACAGAGCAAGGCUUUUUUAUUAUUUUAUCUUUAUUUUUAUCUUUUAUUCGGGGAUAUAUAUAUGGAAAAAAAAAUCAGAAGGGGGAGGGGGUUGGUUAGUUUUUGAAGUUUGAUAGAGAGGAGAGGUCGGUAUUGAUUUUGGGGGGUUGAUUUCGGGUCUGUUGCUGGGAGAUUGGUUGUGGUUGAUCUGGGGGGUUUUUCUGGUUGAUUUUCGGAGCUGGAAGGGGAUUUCUUCUGGUAUUGAGUGUGGCCGGUUCUGAUUUUUGAGUUUGAUUUGGGAGUCAUUGUUCUGGGUUUCGGGGGAAAGGAGAGAGAAGAAAACCGAGCUGAUUCCGGCGAUAUUUCAGUCUCCUUUUGCUAGGUAUUUUCCUGCAACAGAGGAGUCUUUUUGGGGAGGCAGUGAGGGGAAUGAUCUAGGCUUGAUCUCGUGGGUGGGAUCCGCCAGAUCGGACUCCGAUCUGUUACCCAGAAAACUCCGCCGUGUUUGUUUCUUUUGUCUUCCUGUUUCCGUGACAUGCUUUUGUGAUUACGUUUGUAUAUGUUUACUGAAAAUCAAUGAAAGAUAAAAAAAAUGUUCAAUUUAAUUGUGUUUCCCUUUCUUUCUGUUAAUGAAUGUUUCAUUUUAUU